UGGCGGCCCUUGCGAGUCAGUUAUUCGGCAGUCGCUCGGUGGUGAGGUCGGCGGGCACAGCCCAUUGAACGCGGCAGCUGCGCUCCACCGGGGCCGGUGACAAAUACCAGCACACACGUGGCGGCGCGGUCGGCGCGGCGGCGGUAGUCCGGUUAGCACCAGCCACCGCCGGCCAGCCGCCAGCCCACCGCCGCGCCGCGGCCGGCCCCGUAGCGCCCGUCCGCCACCGCCACCGCCGCGCCGAGCCUCCGCCGCGCCGACGCAGUCCUCUCCCAGCGCGUGAAAAUGGCGAGCAUUACCAAGGAGGAACUCCGGGCCGAAAUCGUCGCCCAGCUGGACGACGCCGACCUCGCCUCUGUGUCGGCCAAAAAGGUCCGCCAGGCGCUGGAGAAAAAGUUCGAUGAGGACCUGACCGACCGCAAGAAGGAGAUCGACGACCUCAUCAACGAGGUGCUGGCCGAGAAGAACAGCGGCGGAGAGGAGGAGGAGGAAGAGGAAGAGGAGGAGGAGAAGCCGGCGCCCAAGAAGAGGAAGGCCGCUCCCAAGAAGGACGCGAGCGACAGCGAGGGCGAGCCCAGCGAUGACGACGAUGACGAGGAAUAUGCCCCUAAGAAGAAGCGCGGAGCGCCCAAGAAGCGCGCCAAGAAGUCCGACAGCGAUGAAGAGGACUGGAGAGCUUCAAAGAAGGCGCCGAAGAAGGCAGGCGGCGCCAAGAAGGGUGGCACCGGCUACACCAAGAAGUGCAAGCUGUCCGAGCCGCUGGCCAAGCUGAUGGGUGAGGACCGCAUGGCUCGUCACGAGGUCAUCAAGAAGAUGUGGGCCCUCAUCAAGGAGAACAACAUGUACGACCCAAAGAACAAGCAGUACGCCAUUUGCGACGACGCCAUGCUCUCCGUUAUCGGAGUAAAACGCUUCCGGACGUUCGGCAUGAUGAAGUACCUCAAGGACCACUUCACCAACGAGUAGCCGCCGCCCGCCAUCGCGCGCCGCCGGGCGCUCUCUUCACGUCACCAGAUAGGUUAGGAAUGUCAUCUGUCGUCUGCAUGUCGCCGCCGCGGCGGCCGCCGGGUCGCCGAUGGAGCGCCCGGCGGCCGGCGGCCGGCCGGCCGUGUCGGCCACGCGCUCUCGCGGUUCUGUUGACUGCCGCCCGCCGGCCGCUCGCCGGGCCCGACUGCAGGGUAGACGCGGCGAAUCGGAGGGCUCCCGGACAGCACAGCGCGCCCACAGCGCGCUCCGUCUGUGCCGAGCGGCGCACCUCAGCCGCGCGGAGCAGCUCCCCAGUAGCCGCCGCACCGGCUGUGCUCGCUGGCCGUGAAGGAAAAUCCAUACACAUUGUAUUUGUCACCGUUUGUUUGGGUACUCGUGCUUUCUGAGCUGACGCGAGACUCGGAUAUUUGUGCGGUUUUGUUCUCAACGUGCUUGUAGGUGUGCGUACGUCUUCAUGAAUGUCGUCUCUUUCUACAAUACAUGACUGGUGGACUAA